CGCGUUCUCUUCAAAAUCAAUCAAAAAGACUUCUCCGUAAUUUCGUCAUCAAUUCAGCUGUCCUUCUCAAGCUCAAACUGACUAUCCUGAUUAAUCUGAUCUGAUCUCUCCUCUUCGUUUUCCGUGAUUUAGCUCCGGUACGAUAGAGCAGGGCAAGCUAGGAAUCAGCCAUCCAUUGCAGUAAAUGGGUGACAACGGAGAAGAGAAAUUGUUAGCCGUGGCUCGCCACAUCGCCAAAACCCUCGGCCGCGACGACUCCAUGACCGACGACAUACUCCACAUCUUCUCCAAGUUCGACGGCCGCUUCUCCCGUGAUAAAUUCUCCUCCUCCUCCUCCGACCCCGAUCCGUCCCGUGUCUAUGCUCCCCCUCUCGACCCUACCCUCCACUCCCUCGACCGCCAGAUCUCCCACUACCUCAGCUCCGACCACCCCAUCUGGUCCGACUCCGCUGACUCCUCAGCGUUCCUUGACGCCGUCGACGAGCUCCUCGCCACCCUCAGGGACUGGGCCCCCGCCGCUGCCGCCGACAAGGCCGUCUUCGCCUCCCUCUCUCGCGCCGACGAGCUGAUGCAGCUUGCCAUGUUCCGCCUGCGGGACGAGUUCCGGACUCUCAUGGAGACCGGCAGCGACUCUGUCGAUCUCGGUCUACCCUACGCCCGCCGCGGCGAUCAUCCGACCUUGGACUCGGAAGAGGAGGAGGAGGAGGAGGAGGACGUGGACGUGGAGGAGCUGGAAGGCGUGGACGACCAUAUCCCAGUGGCACGGCCUGUCACCGACUACGACAUCAUAAUCGAUGCGCUUCCCUCCGGGACAAUCAACGACCUUCACGAGAUCGCAAGGAGGAUGGUGGCCGCAGGCUUUGGCCAGGAGUGUGCGAGCGUCUACAGCAGCUGCCGGAGGGAAUUCUUGGAGGAGAGCAUGUCGAGGUUGGGGCUGCAGAAGCUGAGCAUCGAAGAGGCUCAGAAGAUGUCGUGGCAGGACCUCGAAGAUGAGAUCGAACGGUGGAUUAAGGCCACGAACGUGGCAGUGCGGAUCCUCUUCCCGAGCGAGCGUCGGCUCUGCGACCGCGUCUUCUCUGGCCUUUCUUCGGCAGCUGACUUCUCCUUCAUGGAGGUCUGCCGUGGUUCCAUGGUUCAGCUCCUGAAUUUUGCUGAUGCGGUUUCCAUAGGCUCGCGCUCGCCUGAGCGACUGUUCAAAGUUCUCGAUGUGUUUGAGACCCUUAGGGAUCUGAUGCCUGAACUGGACGCCCUGUUCUCGGAUCAGUUCUGUCUGCUCCUGAGGAACGAGGCAAUCACCAUCUGGAAGAGGCUGGGGGAUGUGGUCAGGGGUAUAUUGAUGGAACUGGAGAAUCUGAUACGCCGGGACCCUGCGAAGGCUGCAGUUCCUGGGGGCGGCCUUCACCCCAUCACCCGAUACGUCAUGAAUUACCUUCGAGCGGCCUGCAGGUCGCGGCAGGCCCUGGAGCAGGUUUUUGAGGAGAGCAUCGUAUCCCCGAAUGAGUACGCGAAGCUGGACGGCCGAGCUGCAACCUCUUCCUUGUCGGUCCAGAUGGCAUGGAUCAUGGAUCUGCUGGAGAGCAAUUUAGAGGCGAAAUCAAAGGUCUAUAGGGAGGCUGCGCUGUGUUCCGUCUUCAUGAUGAACAAUGCCAAGUACAUUGUGCAGAAGGUAAGAGACAGCGAUUUGGGGACUCUUUUAGGUGAAGACUGGAUCCGAAAACAGACGGGCAAAGUCCGGCAGUACCAGCAGAAUUACAUAAGAAGCUCCUGGAACAAGGUUGUAGGGGUGCUGAAGCUAGACAGCAGCUCUCAGGCUCCUAGAUUCGAUGCGGCCUCCAUGAAGGAGAAGCUCAAAUUAUUCAAUGCGGCUUUCGAGGACAUGUGCAAGGUCCAGUCAUCUUGGAUAUUUACGGAUGAGCAGCUGAGAGAGGACUUGAGAAUUUCGGUGAUCAAAUUAGUGGUGCCGUUUUAUCAGGCCUGUGUGUCAAGGCUGCAGAAUGUUGGCGAGAUGAGGAAGCAGUCGACAGUCAAAGGCGUGGAAGAGAUUGAAGUCCGGAUAGGGGAACUGUUUGUAGGCAGAAGUAGUGAAUCGGCUGGUGGCAGGGUAUGAUCCAGAUUGAGAUUGAGAUUCAGAUCCAGAUCCAGAUCCAGUAGGAGGAGGAGGUGAGGAAGGUGGCAUCUCCAAACCCAAGCGGGUUGCUGUGUGUAAUGUAGCUUGAGUUGAGUUGGGUUGGGUUGAGACAGCAUUAUGAAUUUUCUUCUCUCCUAUUAAUGUUGUAAUUUGAAGUAGUAUUUAUUCAAGUGGAAAGUGAUGAUGGAUGGAUGGAGAUGAAUCUGCAGUGCAGUGCAGUGCAGUUCAGUGAGUCAAUAUUAUUUGUUUCAGCAUCGCCAUCUGCCAUCUGUGUAAGUUGAUUGCCUUGGAACGUUGGAUUUGGAAGGGGACUUCCGUUCGUAAUGAAUCGAGUAAAACUGCUUCUUGUCUUGUUGUCUGUUUAA